AUGGCAGGAGAUCUUUCGUGUGCAGCAAAGCGCAAAGCCAAGGAACGUUCGUCGGAAUACAUCAAUUGUCGCAUCGACAAGAACGAUCAGAGCCUAACGAUGAAGACGAUGAUGCAGCCGCAACAAACGCGAAACGGUCUGCGAGUCUACAAGAUUGUCGUUCUCGGCGACGGAGGAGUCGGAAAGUCAGCGGUAACGCUGCAAUUUGUUAGUCACAGUUUUUUGGACUAUCACGAUCCGACAAUCGAGGACUCGUACCAACAACAAGCAGUAAUCGAUGGCGAAGCGGCACUUUUGGAUAUUUUGGAUACAGCGGGACAAGUUGAAUUUACUGCCAUGCGAGAUCAGUACAUGCGAUGCGGCGAAGGUUUCAUAAUUUGCUAUUCCGUAACGGAUCGUCAUAGUUUCCAAGAAGCAUCGGAAUACCGAAGACUCAUUGCUCGUGUGAGAUUAAGCGAAAACAUCCCGCUCGUGUUGGUAGCGAACAAAGUUGACUUGGAAUCGCAACGGAGAGUUUCGACGCAAGAAGGAAAAGCUUUGGCGGCACAAUUUGGAGGAUGUCCUUUUUUCGAGACAUCAGCAGCUUUGAGACAUUACAUUGACGAGGCAUUUUUCACGCUUGUACGGGAAAUCAGGAGGAAAGAAAAUGGAAGGUCGAUCGAAAAUGGAAUCAGCUCCGAGAAAUUGGCUUCGAAACGACGAGGAAGACGACGUUGGUGGCGAUUACGCUCAAUUUUUGCACUCGUAUUCCGUAAAAAACGCACGCCAUCGGGUAACAACAACAACAGUUGCGCUGAAGAGUAAAGAAAAUCUCGAUGUAACAAUUUUACUGAAUGUUUUAUCCUUCGAUGUGUACAUAAAAUACCCCAAAAUUCAUAAAAUACUUCUGAAUAUUUUGAAAAAAUUCGAUUUUCAUCAAAUUUCAGUACUUUCAGAAGUAUUUUAUGAAUUUUUUCGGGUAAACAAAAGAUAUAACGUUAAAAACCAGGACAAUAUUACCCUUAAAUAUGUGUAAAUAUAUAAUUUUACUCUAAAAAUAGCUCCUACAGAACUUAAUUUAAUACCAAAGAUCAUAACAAAAAACUUCAUUUCAUCAACUUUCAAAAAAUAAAUGGGACCAAAUGUGGGUCAAAAAACUUUCGUCACCAAAAACUUGAUGUUAACAGUUAAGAGCAAUAUUCUUCCCACAAAAACUACAAAAAAAAAUCAAAUCCCAAAGAAAAAGUGUUUCUCUAACUC